AUGUCAAGUAAAGAAAGAAAUACGUCUGGCGACGCUGUUGCCAUUAUUGGUUUAUCAUGUCGCUUUCCUGGGAAAGCAACAAAUCCUUCCAAGUUCUGGGACUUGUUGAAAGAGGGAAGGCAUGGCUUUUCAACUUCGACGGACAGAUACAAUGCAGAGGCGUUUCAGCAUCCAGUGGGUAAUGGCAAACGACAGAAUGUUAUUCCGACUAAGGGUGGAUACUUCUUGGAACAAGAUCCUUAUGUGUUUGACGCUGCCUUUUUCAACAUUACGGCUGCAGAGGCAAUGGCUCUUGAUCCAAGACAGCGUAUUGCGAUGGAAGUCGCCUAUGAAGCUUUCGAAAACGCCGGCAUGCCUCUUCAAAAGGUUGCAGGAAGCCAAACUGCCUGCUACAUGGGAGCUUCGAUGAGCGAUUAUCGGGACGGUGUAGCUCGAGACUUCGCGAACUUUCCCAAAUAUCAUAUUCUCGGAGUUAGUGACGAAAUGAUUUCCAAUCGCAUUUCCCACUUUUUAGAUAUCCAUGGUCCAAGCGCAACUAUACAGACAGCAUGUUCUUCCAGUCUUGUGGCAACCCAUCUUGCUUGUCAAAGCUUACGUUCUGGAGAAUCUGAAAUGGCAUUAGCCGGUGGCGUUGGCCUCAUUCUGAGUACAGACGGCACAAUGCAUUUGAGCAAUUUAGGAUUUCUCAAUCCAACUGGGCAUUCUAGAUCGUUCGACAAAGAUGCAGGAGGAUACGGUCGAGGUGAGGGGUGUGGAGUUCUUGUCUUGAAAAUGCUAGAUAAUGCUGUUCGAGAUGGUGAUAACAUUCGUGCUGUCAUUCGUGGUUCUGGUGUCAAUUCUGAUGGUUGGACACAAGGAGUUACAAUGCCUUCGCUGGAGGCGCAGGCAAACCUUAUAGAUUAUGUCUAUAAAUCAAACGGUCUGGACUACACCUCAAUUCAAUACGUAGACUGUCACGGAACCGGCACCAAAGUGGGCGACCCAAUUGAAGCAGAAGCUAUUCAUCGGACAAUUGGCCAAAAGAUGUCAUCAUCUCGCAAAAAGCUCUAUGUUGGAAGUGUCAAGCCAAACAUUGGCCACCUCGAAGCGGCUGCCGGCGUGGCAAGUAUUAUCAAAGGAGUGCUGGCUUUAGAACGAGGACUUAUUCCGCCUAAUCUGAAUUUCACCACUCCAAAUCCUUCCAUCCCACUAGAUGAGUGGAAUAUGGUGGUACCGACAAAGUUGACUGCCUGGCCUGCAGCGGCAGUGAAACGCAUGAGCGUCAGUGGCUUUGGGAUGGGAGGGACGAACGCACAUAUUGUUAUGGAAGGAUUCAAGCAAUCUGCUGCAAUUCGAAAUCCCAAUGGCAUAACAAUUUCUACCAAGAAAAUAUCAAAGAGGCUGUUUGUCUUCAGCAGUCACGAUAAAGCUGGUUUCAGACGUAUCAGCCAAGCAAUCCUCGCAUUCUUGGACACUCUCGGCCCUGCCACAUCAAGUUCAGGAUAUCUUGCGAACUUGGCGCACACUUUGGCCGUUGCUCGUUCAGGUCUCUCCUGGAAAACAUCAAUCGUUGCAGAGAACACUGCAGAUCUGCGCGAGCAGCUUUCAACAAUGGUCGGAGAUGAUGCGACACGUUCACCUACCAAGGCCCCACGCAUUGGAUUCGUAUUCACGGGCCAAGGUGCCCAGUGGGCUCGGAUGGGCGUCGAAUUGCUUGAGCGACAUGUUUUUGCAGAGUCUGUAGCAAAGUCAACUCAAUUUCUAAGAGAAAUGGGAGCAAAUUGGGAUCCUAUUGCAGAGCUCAUCAAAGAACAAAAAGAGUCCAGGCUUGGCCUACCUCAGAUCAGUCAACCUAUCUGCACAGUGCUUCAGAUCGCUCUUGUCGAAGAACUGAGAUCUUGUGGAAUUAAACCUUCCAAAGUGGUUGGACACAGUUCUGGUGAGAUUGCAGCAGCUUACACUAUUGGCGCCUUGUCCCAUCGUGAUGCGAUUGCAAUUGCUUACUUCAGGGGCACCGCGUCCGCUGGACUGAGCGCCAAGCAGCUUGAUGGUGGAAUGAUGGCUGUUGGCUGUUCCAGAGCAGAAGCACAGAAGCUCAUGAAAAACUCCAAAAUCCAAGCAACGGUCGCUUGUGUUAAUUCUCCGUCGAAUGUCACGUUAUCGGGUGAUGUCGUUGCAUUGGAAGCGCUUCGCAUCAUCUUCGAUGGGCUCGGCAUAUUCGCUCGGCGCCUCAAGGUAGAUGUUGCAUAUCACUCAUCUCACAUGCAUCUCUGCUCAGCAGAAUACUACGCUUCGAUUACAGACAUAGAACACUAUCAAGAAGAUUCAGCCCAGGAAAACCAGAUCGUGAUGGUAUCAAGUGUCACAGGUACCGAGAUAGAUCAUGAGCUUUUACUACCUUAUUAUUGGAUUCGUAACUUGGUGUCUCCAGUUCUGUUCACAGAUGCGGUCAAAGAAUUGGUGUCGCCUGGCGAUGGUGAUGGCGAAAAAGAACUUGAUCUACUCCUCGAGGUUGGUCCACACAGCGCCCUUGGUGGGCCAAUAGAGCAAAUACUAUCGAGCCAUGGAAUCGAAAACGUGCAUUACAAGUCGGUACUCGUGCGAGGCAAGAAUGCUCUGAACACUGUACUUACUCUCGCAGAUGAGCUUUUCCGUCAAGGCGUGGCUGUAAAUAUAUCCAAGGCAAAUGGUGACACAAAUUGUCGCCUUUUGGCGGAUCUUCCCCCUUAUUCUUGGAAUCAUACCGAAAGCUUCCGUGCAGAUUCUCGUCUGCAACGCGAGGUUGUUACUCAGCAGUUUCCAACACAAAGCCUUCUGGGUGCCAUGAUGCCGACUUUGGAAGAGAACGAGCGGAUCUGGCGUAGUUUCAUUCGUCUUAAUGACGAACCAUGGUUACGAAGUCACGUUGUAGGCACGACGGUGUUAUUUCCAGGCGCAGGUAUGAUCAGUAUCGUGCUUGAGGCGGCGCAACAAAUCAAAGAAAUCAAUAAAUCUGCUCUUGCCUACAAAUUGCGCGACAUCUCUUUCUUGGCUGGUUUGGUUCUUACCGAGGAUGUUGCAACUGAGAUUACCGUCCACUUACGGCCUCACUUGAUGGCCACUUCUGGCUCUACCCAACCAGUCUGGUGGGAAUUCACCGUCUCCUCGUGUUCUGGACCGACAGGAAAACUCCGAAACAAUUGCCGUGGUCUGUUGAGUAUUAUCUACGAGGAAACUAGCAGUCCGCAAAUGUUAGAAGAAGAAUCCAAAGUUGAAGCAAAUCGCAUUGCGAAAUAUCAGAGUACAUUGAUCGAGCUGCCACAAACUUGUACCAAGAAAUUCUUCUACGAACGCUUCGCCAAGUCGGCUCUGCCAUAUGGUGAAGUCUUUCAAGGCGUAGAAAAUUGUCGUCCGGGACCCGGAAAGACCUGUUACGACGUGAAGCUUAUUGAUAUAGGCGAGACAUUCUCCAAAGGCAAACUAGCCCGCCCUUUUCUUAUAAGUCCGGCAACCUUAGAUGCAGUUCUUCAAGGCUGGCUUGGAAGUACUUGCUAUGAUUCUGCAGACAAGGAAAACAACGGUAAUUUUGGUUUCGGCAAGCCAAUGGUUCCUACUUCCAUCCGCGGGCUAGAGAUAUCCGUCAAUAUAUCCGCAGAUGCGGGUCAUACAAUGCCUAGUGUAUGUACCUCACAUCCACACGGCUUUAAUGAGUAUUCAGCAAACAUCGACAUUUUUGAUGAGAACUUAUCACAAGUUCUUUUAUCAGUUAAUGACUUUCGGUUAUCCCCUUUGGAGAUAGACGAUGGUGAUGAAGCAUCAAAAGAAGAGGGUCUCUCGAAUGUUGAUGCUGCCGCUAUCUCAUCUCAAGUCCGUUGGGACUACGCACUAGAUGGUUUAGAUGCCGAUGGAAUGAAACAAAUUGUGCUAGAAGACGAGACCGUCAAUAUUGAGGAAAAAGCCACUAGGUUCUUGCAGAUAGUCCUACACCAGCGUCCGGCACUCAAUAUUGUUGAAGUAGUAAGAAAGCUCGGCGACGCGUCUAACACGAUCAUAUCACGCUUACCCAGCGGUUCAAUUCUUACAAGUCAAGCACGUUACGCAGUUGUUGAUGAUUUUGGGGACGAUUUUAGCAACAACGACGACAACGGUCUCAGGUCUUUCAAACUUGAUGCGUCCGUCAGUGUUUCCGAAACAGAUUCUUCGGUAAACCUAUUUAUAUUUUCCUGCAAUGCCGAGAACGGGCUUCUUGGGGAUAUCGACAGCAUAGUAAAACGUCUAGUGACUUUAGCAACCCCUGACGCGGCUUUCAUCAUUGCGACCUCUGCUUCUAUCCCCAAUACCGACAUCAAAGAGCCUCCAUCACUUCCCGCACUCAACUCUAAAGGUUUCAAUCUUGUUGCCAGCAUUUCUGACGACGUCGGGCAGCUCUUUUAUUACCGGAGCAACAAUAAUAUUCAAGAUCUACCCAAAAAGCUUACCAACGGCACGCAUCCACAGGAAGUACAUAUUCUAGAGCCAAUAUUCGUAUCACAUCAAUCCGAAAUAGUUUCAAAAGAGCUGCGAGAUAAUUUGGUGGAUCAGGGUUUUGUUGUCACCACCAGCAAGGGCCUAGGAACGAUCAAAACAAACGUGAACGAUGUCAACAAACAAAUAUAUAUUGCCCUACUCGAAUUGGAAAGCCCAGUUCUGGAAGAUCUUUCUGAGUCAGAGUUCCAGAACAUCAAAAAGCUAUUCCUUAGUAGCGAGAGACUCCUCUGGAUUACCCGUGGCGAUAACCCAUCAUUUGGAAUCGUCGACGGCGUUGCAAGAUGUGUCAACAACGAGAUUGCGAGCACCAGGUUUCAAGUCUUGCAUCUCAGUAAAGAAGGAAUAAACCAUGGUCCUAGGCUUGCAAUACGUGUGCUCAAACAUUUAGAAGCGACGGCAGAUAACGAGUUUCGAGAGAGAAAUGGCUGUCUUCAAGUUCAGCGUAUUUACAAGGGCCACAACGAGGACGAGCAUAUACGCAACCAUCUGGAAGAUUCUACUCGUGUCUCGAGCAUUAACGAUGCGAAUGCUUUGUUCAGUCUCACUAUCGGAAAACCUGGCCUUUUGGAUACGCUGCACUUUAUCCGAGAGGAAAAUUACCUCGACUUGCCACUUGCCAAAACCGAGAUUGAGGUGGAAGUAAAGGCUACCGGUCUUAACUUUAGGGAUAUUAUGGCUUCUAUGGGUCUUGUUCCCGUCACAGGCCUUGGUCAAGAAGCUUGUGGUAUUGUCCUUAGAGCCGGUACAUUGGCAGCCGAGUCUUUUAAGAUUGGUGAUCGUGUCAGCACCCUAUCAAUUGGGGGAGUCCACGCAACCAAGGCCAUAUGCGACUUUCGCGUUACUGCGAAGAUACCCGAAAAAUUGUCUUUUGAAGAAGGAGCAGCAUCGUCGAUGGCACAUAUUACCGCUUACUACGCUCUCGUCAAGCUUGCUAGAUUGCGUCGCGGCCAGUCUGUCCUGAUUCAUGCCGCGGCAGGAGGAGUAGGACAAGCAGCUGUACAACUAGCAAAGCAUCUGGGGCUGGUGGUUUACGUUACUGUGGGCUCAGAGGACAAGCGCCGGUUUAUGACCGAGCAUUUUGGUAUCGUCCCGGAACACAUUUUCAAUUCGCGAGACAGCAGUUUUGCAAAAGGUAUCCACCGUGUGACAGCAGGACGCGGCGUGGAUUGCGUUCUCAAUUCUCUUUCAGGCGAGCUCCUUCGUAUCUCAUGGAAUUGCCUUGCUACCUUCGGUACAUUUGUGGAAAUUGGUCUUCGUGAUAUCACAGAUAACAUGCGUCUCGAUAUGCGUCCUUUUAGCAAAAGCGCUACCUUCACCUACUUGGAUAUUCCGACUCUUAUCAAAGAAGAUCCUACUGCUAUAGGAGAAGCUCUUGCCGAAGUAUUCAAGCUCUUACAGAAGGAUAUUCUCCAAGUUCCCUCUCCACUGACCACAUACCCUGUUGGCAAGGUGGAAGAUGCCUUUCGCAUUAUGCAGCAAGGAAAGCAUCGCGGCAAAAUCGUCUUGACUUUUCAAGAGGAAGAUAAGAAGAAUGCUCGUGUGCUGUGCAAAGCAAAAGAUUCGCUCAAACUUGAUCCAACUGGAACUUAUCUCUUCGUCGGCGGGCUAGGAGGCCUAGGGCGCAGUCUGGCUAAAGAGUUUGUUGCUUCCGGUGCACGAAACAUUGCGCUCAUUUCAAGAUCAGGAACCAGCAAAGCAGAGAGCAAAGCUGUUGUAGACGAGUUGAUUGCGCUAGGAGUACAAGUCAAGGUAUUUAGAGCUGAUAUUGCAAAUCAGUCGUCCUUUUUGUCUGCCAUGGAGGAUUGCUCACAGCAACUCCCACCAGUGAAAGGAGUGAUUCAAAUGGCGAUGAUACUUCGCGAUGGCGUGAUUGAGAAUAUGACAUACGAAGACUGGACAAUUCCGCUACGAACGAAAGUCCAAGGAACGUGGAAUCUCCAUCAAUAUUUCAACCACGACCGACCGCUUGAUUUUAUGAUAUUCUGCUCCUCCAUUUCCGGUAUCUGUGGCAAUCCAGGUCAAGCCCAGUACGACGCCGGAAACUCAUAUCAAGAUGCUUUGGCCCAUUAUCGCCACUCUCAAGGCCUGAAAGCAGUCUCGGUUAAUCUGGGAAUCAUGCUCGAUGUUGGUGUCAUUGCUGAAUCGGUCACUCAUAACUUCAAAACUUGGGAGCAGGUACUUGGUAUUAGAGAGCCCACAUUCCAUGCUUUGAUGAAGACUAUUAUCAAUAGCCAGCAAAACAGUCAAGGUGGAGAUUGGUCGCCUCAAAUUUGUGUUGGUCUGGGAACCGCCAACAUCAUGGCCGCCAAUAACCUUCCCAACCCUCCUUGGUUAGAAGACCCUCGAUUUGGACCUCUCGCUGUUUCAGAUAAGACCUUAUCGAGCAGUGCAGAUAGCGAAGGGUCGACCACAAUAUCUCUUGCCUCCAAACUUUCAGACGCUGGGAAUAACAAAGACCUAUCGCUAGCAGCCAAUAUCAUCACCGUCGCUCUGGUGGCCAAAAUAGCCGAGAUCCUGCGCAUCCCAUCGUCUGAAGUUGAUCCAAGUCGUCCGAUGUAUCAAUACGGUGUCGACUCGCUUGUUGCUCUUGAAGUGAGAAAUUGGAUUACGCGAGAACUGAAAGCCAAUAUGGCACUUUUGGAUAUUGUGGCGGCUACGCCGAUGGAAACUUUUGCGGCUCAAAUUUCUCAGAAGAGUAAGCUUGUGAUGGGUGUUUCUUGA